AUUCGGCGGCAGGGUCGAAAAGGAAAAAAACAACAACAAAAACCCAGCGAGGUCGGCGGCGCCUCCGGAAAGCGCCCGAGGCGGAGGACCGAGCAGUGGCAGCCGGACGAGGGCCCCGCUCGCUUGGUCCCUGAACCUUUCGCCUACCGGUUCUGGCAGGGUGUCGGGCCAUGCCCCCUGUGCGGGGAACGAGGCGGGGCCGGGGCUAAAAAGCAGCGCCCCCCUUCCCGGACUCCCCUCCCGGGGAUCUCCCGACCGCCUCGGCUGAGUGAGCGCCCCUGGUCGGCGGUGCCAUCCCGCUCCCCUUCCCUUGCUUUAUGGUGCGCGCGAAGGAUGGCGAAGAGGCCGCGCAGUGAGGAAGAUGAUGAUGACCUUCAUUAUGCAGAUCAUGACUAUGAAGUACCACAACAAAAAGGGGCAAAAAAGAUAUGUAACAGAGUGAAAUGGACCCGUGAUGAGGAUGAAAAGCUUAAAAAACUAGUAGAACAGCAUGGUACAAGUGACUGGACAUUUAUUGCUAGUCAUUUACAAAAUCGUUCUGAUUUUCAGUGUCAGCAUCGAUGGCAGAAGGUCCUAAAUCCAGAACUUAUUAAAGGCCCCUGGACUAAGGAAGAAGAUCAGAGGGUGAUUGAACUUGUUCAGAAAUAUGGUCCCAAACGCUGGUCUUUGAUUGCAAAGCACUUAAAAGGAAGGAUAGGGAAACAAUGUCGAGAGCGAUGGCAUAAUCAUCUUAAUCCGGAGGUAAAGAAAUCUUCAUGGACAGAAGAGGAGGACAGAAUCAUCUAUGAAGCUCAUAAACGUUUGGGAAAUCGAUGGGCUGAAAUUGCAAAACUGCUUCCUGGGAGGACUGACAACUCAAUAAAAAAUCAUUGGAAUUCUACUAUGCGAAGGAAAGUUGAACAAGAAGGAUAUUUACAAGAUGGGAUCAAGACAGAGCGCCCUUGUUUAUCAAAACUGCCACACAAAACUUGUGUGUCUACAGAUCAUCUGCAUGCCCAAAAUCAAUUUUACAUACCAGUUCAGACACAUAUACCAGGUUACCAGUAUGUCUCAACAGAAAGCAGCUGUUUAGACCACGUCGCAGCUCCUUCAAACUUCAUUCAGCAGCCAUUUGAUGAUGAUCCUGACAAAGAGAAAAAAAUAAAAGAACUUGAAUUGCUACUUAUGUCAGCUGAAAAUGAAAUCAGAAGAAAGAGAGUAUCCUCACAAGCCGGAAAUUUUUCUAACUGGUCUGGAAACUUCAUCAUGGAGGAUAACAUGGCAAAUACUUUAAAUAGCCUUGGGGAGCAAACAAAUGACUUUUAUGAUAUAGAUGAUACACAAGCUGCAACAAAUCAGCAAACGUCACCUACCAAAUAUUUGGCUGUGGAAGCGAAUGCAGUGCUGUCAUCUCUACAGACCAUUCCUGAAUUUGCAGAGACACUAGAACUCAUUGAAUCUGAUCCUGUAGCAUGGAGUGAUGUCACCAGCUUUGACCUUUCUGAUGUGGUUCCCUCACCUGUCAAUCAAGCUCCAGUAAAAUUAAUGCGUAUUCAGCAUAAUGAUGGGGCCAUGGAGUGUCAGUUUAAUGUAAGUGUUGUACUUGAUGGCAAAAAAACAUGUGAUGAAGAAGAGCCAAGAUCUCCAAAUGCAGCCAAAUUCAGUACUCCUCCUACUAUUUUACGCAAAAAGAAGAAAGUCAGAACUGGACAGUCACCAGCCUGUGAACAGAAUGAUGGAUUGUGUAACAACAUUUCCACUACUACACUAAAACAAACACCAGUGAAAACACUACCUUUUUCUCCUUCUCAGUUCUUCAACACAUGUUCUGGAAAUGAGCAGUUUAAUCUUGAAAAUCCUCCAUUCACAUCAACUCCAAUUUGUGGCCAAAAAGUUCUUAUUACAGCUCCCCUACAUAGUAAAGAUGUAACACCCAAAGAUCAAAAGGAAAAUGCUGGUUUUAGGACACCUACUAUUAGAAGAUCUCUACUAGGCACAACACCAAGGACUCCAACUCCAUUUAAGAAUGCUUUAGCUGCUCAAGAAAAGAAAUAUGGUCCUCUGAAAAUUGUG